CUUCUUCUCUCUGCCGAUCUAUCUCACUUCCCUGACCAUGGUUUCUUCUAAUCAUUUAACUAUUUUCUUCCUCCUUUCCCUUUCGUUCUCCCUAACACAACAAUCUUCCAAGCCCAAAGCACUACUGCUCCCAGUGUCCAAAGAUACCUCCACUCUACUGUACUUAACCCAUCUCAACCUUGGAACCCCUUUUAUUCAGAAAAGCCUCGUUGUUGACCUUGGAGGAAGAUAUCUGUGGAUAGAAUGUACAAAAGAUUACAAAUCAUCCACUCACAAGCUUGGCAGUUGUGGGUCGGCUCCAUGCUCAGUAGCCCACUCUGAUGAGUGUACUGUAUGCUUGUCUGGCUCUAAGCCAAAGUGCCUCGACAGAACCAAGAGGCCUUGUUAUAUCUACCCCGAAAACACGCUCAGCAGUGGACAUGCUGAAUUUGGAAACCUUUCCAUGGACAGAAUUUCACUCCAAUCCAGAGACAGCUCCACAUCUGGACCACUUGUUACAAUUAACAGUUUUAUCUUCGCCUGUGCUACUCAUAAGCUCCUCCUGAAUCUUGCCAAAGGUGUUAAGGGAAUGCUUGGAUUGGGAAGGCAUCCUGCUGGGCUACCAAUUCAACUUUCGUCCGCAUUUGGUGGAAGUUUGCGUCGAAAAUUUGCUGUAUGUUUGCCUUCCAAAUCCAAAACCAAUGGGGUAAUCUUUUUUGGUGACUCAAAUUAUUUGUUCUAUCCAGAUUAUAAUACUUCAAAGGCCAUUGAUUUAUCAUCCAUGUUUACUUACAUACGACUUGUUGUUAAUCCGGCAAGCACGUCCAAAAUUUUCGAAACGGGAGAGGCGUCAGCUGAUUACUUUGUUGGACUUCGGUCGGUUAUGGUAAACAAAAAAAUAGUUCCAUUUAACUCAUCAUUGCUUACUUUCAACAAGUGGGGUUUCGGUGGAACAAAAUUAAGUACAGUCAAUCCCUACUCUGUUCGCGAAACUUCUAUCUACAGUUCUUUGGUGAAGGUGUUUGAUGAGGAGAUUAUUGCAACCCAUAAUGUCAGUAAGGUUGCAGCUGUUGAACCUUUUACAGAAUGUUACACCAUUGGGCAGGUGGGUGUGACAUUGACUGGGCUUGAUGUCCCUUAUAUUCGGUUAGUGUUUGAGGACAACACAUACUGGGAGCUCCACGGAGCUAAUUCAAUGGUUCAGAUAAGCCGUGAUGUGAUGUGCUUGGGAUUUUUGGAUGGAGGGGAUCAGGUAACAAUACCAAUUGUGAUUGGGGCGCAUCAAUUGCAGGACAAUCUUCUUCAAUUUGAUCUUGAUGCUUCUAAGCUAGGAUUUACUUCCACACUUCUCUCAAAAGAAAUUAAGUGUUCCAACUUCAAAUUCUGAAAGUUACAUCAAAUAGUAUUAAAACUGCAGGUGCCAUUGUUAUAUGAUGAUCUGUAGUACUCUGUUUUGUUA